AUGUAUGCAAACCAACCACCGCCCAUUCUCAAAACACGACAUCACGGUUAUGAUUAUCCAAUGAGUUCUAGAAACAACUUCGAUCUAUCGUUACCUCAAACCCGUUUUGCCCUCUACACCGAUCGAUCGACUACUGGCCAACAAUCAUUAGUCGGUUCAGCAACAAAUAAUUAUGUUCCGCCAAAUACUGGACGGUUCUCUAUCGUCAGCAAUCAUAGACGAACGAAUAGUACAGGAUCAACUAGUACCGGUGCUAUUGAAAAAACAAAUAUGAUGUCCAGUGAAAAUCCAUUUGUUGAUCCAGCUCGUCCUUACGAACAACAAUUCAGUGCAACACGUACAAUAACUUCUAUAACUUCUCCACGAAAAACAGAUGGUGCUGUAAAUAAAUCAUUGAAUCUCUCUGAUGAAAAUCCAUUCUUCGCUGUCUAUGGAAACUACCGUUAUCCUACGCAAGUCGAUCCAUCGAAACGAAUCACAACACAGAAUUCAUCAGCACGUUCUACAGACAGUAAAUCAUUGUAUAUGUCGGAUGAAAAUCCUUUUGCAGUUACGUAUGAGCGUUAUAAACCGUCACCACCAACGAUAACGACGACAUCUCAAUCGACUUUUCAAAAACGUCUCAGUGAACUCUCACCUAUAAACGACUCAUCCUUUUCAUCGAAUGGUUUAGCGCACUCGAAUUCAUUUAGUAGUUAUAGUUAUCGACCAUCAUUAAUACGUCAGUAUUCAGCUGGUGAAAUUGGAAAUGAAUUAAAUCUCAGUACAGUCACCACAUCGAUUGCUGAUUGGACGCGAAAUAAUCCUGCGCCACUGUCCUAUCGACCUAUUCAUGUUCAAAGACCACCAGCGGAUUACUAUAAUCACAAUGAGCUUUCCUAUGUUCCACCACCAAGUUCUCCUCGUCAACAACAGCAACCGCUACUACCUCCACCUUCACAGCAACAAUCACUACCAUCACCUCGACCAGCACCAACGAUAACUUCACAAUCUUCGCCACGGAAAGCAAACGGAUCACUUCCAUUGGACAAAACGUCGCUAAACAUGAGUCCUGAUAAUCCAUUUGCUGCAACGUAUGGACGAUAUCAUUAUCCAUCGCCCGACGAAAUCCGAGCACAACGUCGAGAAAACGAACGCACAGUUCGUUUCGCCGAUGAAGUUAUAGUCAAUGAAAGUCGACCAUCGAAUUCUAACAGCGAUCACUCGGACACCGAAAAGAAAGAAACGACUUCCAACAAAGGAAAAUCGAAAUUUGCUCGUUUUGAUAUUACACUUUAA